AUCACGACGAGGUAUGGCAACGACCGCACCCGAUGCCUCCAUGGGUGGCCUCUGUGCCACGAUGCUCAUGUUUCCCACGGGGAAGAGCAAUUGGAAGACCAUUGCGAUCUUUAGCCCCAUACAACUGGCCCCAAUUUAACACUCGCUUCCUUCGCCGACAGUAUGCGACCACGCUCGUUUCUCCGACUGCUAUCAAUGCCCGUCCGGAUGUACCGUCUCGAAACCAGGAGCUCUACAAUGCGCUUACUGAUCUUCAUAAGACGGCCGAGCAGUAUGUCAAUCUUAGCAGAGUUCAAUUGGCGUUGAGGGGCCUGGCUGCGCAAGAGCCUGUGAUGAGAAUUGCGGUGCUGUCAAUGGAUAGCCAGCUUCAUGCGCAGAAUCUUGCACGAUUGCUACUCGCCGAUCCGCUGGGUUCGGUCGCACAGUGGGAGAAGGAGCUGGAGAGGCUGGACAUUGAAGAGAAACCGGUGCUGUUGCGGUUCGGUGAGGAAACGGACGCCCCUUCCACGUCGCCCCUAUAUAAGGUCUUGAUGGUUCCGUCGCCGACACUCAAAUCGCAUAAUUUGGAAGUGUUGGUCUCGACUCUGAACGUCGAGGCGGUCGAGGGCCCAUUGGCCACUACAAGAGAAAGCGCACAAGAUGCUGUAUUGGUUCCGAAGCUUCGGGCAACGUCAGCGAGAGGUCUGCCGGUUCCUUAUCCAGUCCACAAGACCCUCGUCGCUGGCCAAGGCUUAGACAGAGCUGUGUCAUAUGGGAGGUUUACGGCCGAUAGCCCUACCAAUAUGGGGAGUAUGAUCAAGGUAGCAAUUGAUCUGCCACCACUCAAGGAAGAACCACAAUCGGACGCAGCCACCCAAUACUCAGUGAUCAAUACAAACGUAGGGUCGAAAGCACUGACAAGCUUCCGCGAGUCCAUUGCCAAUUCGGCCAUAUACGAGCAAGGAUGGUUCCGAAGCGGCCUACCCAAUCUUACACAGUGGUUGACUCAUGGUUUACAGCCAUCGGAGCCAAUCAAACCGGCGAUGAAAGCGUUCAUAGGCUCUAUCUUAAAUGACACGGAAGCAACAAUCAUGAAGGAGGAUGCUCUGGAGCUGGAGAAACUUUCCCACUCACUUACACCCAAGGAAACGGCUUUGUCAAUUCUGAAUCACCUGGCCACCUGGGCGGAGCUGUCUCAUACCGAGUUGCGCGAUCAACUCGAUGCGGCCUUUGUGGCGAGAAAUUGGCAUAAGCUAUCUUGGUGGAAGCUGUUUUGGAGAGUCGACGAUGUUACAAUGAUUACGAGCGAGAUACUUGAACAACGAUGGCUCGUCGGCGCAGAAAAGCGAGGUAUUUUCCUUGCGGGCCGUAUGGAUGAAGCCAGUUACCCAAACAUUCUGGAGUAUCCUCAAAACGCCGUCCUAGAACAGGGGUUACCGGAACCCUAUAUUAUCGAGUCAUCAGUCUCUGAGAAACCGCCUCAGCAGUCUUCAGGAACAGUACAAACCGCCCUCUCCACCGAAGUCCGCCCUCUCCAGCCCUGGCACGCACAGAUCUCCACUGCCCGUACCUCUCUCAUUCAGGAAACCAUUCCACCCCUCCAAGCCUUAGCACAACGUCUCGUUCUUAAUACUCUCUCCACAACGUCACUGACGUCCGCGCUUUCAGCCCUCCUGUACGUCUCCAUGCCGACCAUAUCCCUUUUCGAAGCUGGUGCUGUCGCUGCUCUCGGCCUCGUGUACUCGCUUCGCAGGAUGCAGAAGCAGUGGGAAGAUGCGCGAGAGAUGUGGGCUGUAUGUAUACGGGAAGAGGGACGCAGGACACUAAAGGCGACUGAGGAGGGGGUGAGGUGGAUUAUCAAGAGUAAGGAUGAAAAGAGUGCGGUCGACGAUGAGGGGGUGAAGGAGAGAAAGGCAGCGAGAGAGGCCGUAAGGAGGGCUAGGGAAGCGCUGGGUAGGCUAUAACUGCUUGUUGUAUAACAUUGGUCUGUAUCAUAGAUAUAGUGGGUUUCGGCGAUGGAUGUAUGAGUUGCGUUUACCUAUGAGCUUUCCCACUGUUUAGGCCGUGCGGGCCUGGUGGUUCUGGACAAUUCAUUCCGCCAGGGCAUUCCCGCAUUGUACUAGAAUGUCUGCGUUUGGUCUCUGAGGAUAUUAUAUCGGCGCACAUUGUCGCAGGGUUUGGUCGAAGAAGGAUCUAUUUCCACAGUUAUACCAAUAGCU